UGGGGAAGAUUCAUUGGAUUUUUCUUUCUUCUUUUAAUUAAGGCAAGUUAAAGAUAUUCACAAGCUUCUGAGUGAAAGCAGUACCAAACAAAGUGGCAUACCUCUUUGGUCAGGCCAGUCGGUUGCCUCUUUAUAUUCCUGUGCCCUCUAGAUGGAGAAUGGAAAACAUAAAUUGAUAACGUUUAUUGACCCACGCUUGCGUUUGUCAACCAUUUAUUUUAUGGGACGGUAUACGUACAGGGCAGCCAUCAGUGCCUCGUGCUCUGCAGCCUUGACAGCGGCAAUUUCGUCCUCUUUGGUCAAAGGUUCACCGGUUUUCUUAUCUCUCGAGUACCAUGACAGAUCCUUGCCUUUUUGCCAUCGCCCAACUGGUGCCAUCAAAGAGUUCCCUGGUAACAAGACGGAAGAAUGAACUGAUCAUUGCAGCUUUAUAAAGAGGAUGGUGUUUGUAGGUACUGCACAAACUAAAUUGGGGCAGAUUUGCACAAACUAAAUUGGGGCAGAUUUGAACAAACAAAUCGAUGAAGAACUUUGGCAAUAAGUAACUUAGGGAAAUACACAUUUUUGGUUGAGUCUUCUCCACAGAAUCACCUGAUUAUCUCACCAUACUUAAAAAAAAUAAAAAUAUGCUGUUGAUGAGGCUGUAUCAUCUGUGGUAGCAAUAAGCAUCUUUAAUGUACGCAUAUCGUGUGUUUACACGACUUCAUGUGCCAAAAUCACUGCCAUUUGUUUAACAAAAACGUGUAUAUCUGCGUGCUACGUAGUUCUUGUUUGGUGUGCUGACAUGUCGCCAGCAGUGUGUGCUCAUAUAGCAGAGAGGCUACGUGUGUCUCUGUUUGCUCUAGGACCUGCUGUUUGUAGAGUGGAAAACAGGACUAACACCAAGGAGCCAGGCACGUGUAAUGAAGGGCUUCACAACAAAAGGUACGGAAAAGCAGCACGUGGAGUACCGAAGCCAUGGCGUGCAGUUAACUGAUACUAAAAAGCCUGCUCAGUAGUUUGCAAGUUAGCAAACAACUAUUAGCAAGUGCAUCUGGUUAGCGCUGACUUGGUGAUAACCAGUUUUUUGAACUUACCAAGAUAAUUCUCUCUGUGUUUAUCGACUUUCACGUCAUCCCAGUUGAACUGGUCCUGGCCUCCUCUGACCCCUCCAGAUCUCGAGGAACCGAACAUUGUAGUCGGUUACUUUUGGAGACUUUUAGAGAAGAAGCGGUGUACCGUUAGCUUCACCAGCUGACUUUAGCCACGUUAGCACACGAGUAAGCGCGAGGCUGGGCCUUCAGCGUCCACUCAUCCGGGUACUUUUGUGGUAAGUUUUCUUUCCUUUUUGUCGAUCGGCACAACGUCUUUCUUUGCGGUGGUGUUUACCUAAACCAUUCAAACUGACACCAUUAAUUAAUUUAGCCACUUAUUUCAUGAAAGAUGUGCAGAGCGUGAGGGGAAUAAUUGGAUAAACAGCGUUCAACUGAAGCUAGGUUACACUAUUGUAGCUAACGUUAAAAUUACGACCUAAGUCAUAGCUACAGUCAUGAGAGUGCGCUUUGUCUUCCCGUUAACGUGGGAACUACAGCCGCCAGUGAGUUUUUUAUAUAUAUAUUUAACAUUAGCUGCCUUUGUAUCGUAUAUUAUUUUAGACUAAUCACAACAACACUCCGCGUGUCUGUUUUGACCUCCGUAUUCCCGAUGUCCGCGAACGCAACGCGUCGAUGUUUUGACCCGCAGUGAUGACGUAGGCAGCACAAUGUUUCCUUAAUGGCUCUUAACAGCAAAGGCAAAGUACAGAGGAGGGAGAAAAUCCCCCGGAGACAGAGCUAAAAUCUCGGACUAACGUAACUCCCGAUGUACACGAGAUAUUUCUCCAGGUUACUGUCAGCUAUGGCUGGACCCAGGCCUGUGGUGUUCAGCGGCCCAUCCGGGGCAGGGAAGAGCACGCUGUUGAAGAAGCUCAUGAAAGAGUAUCACAGUGUCUUUGGCUUCAGUGUUUCCCAUACAACAAGAAAUCCUCGGGCCGGAGAAGAGAAUGGCAAAGAUUACCAUUACGUCACACGGGAGGUGAUGCAAGCCGGAAUCGAAAACGGUGAAUUCAUAGAGAGCGCGGAGUUUUCGGGGAACAUGUACGGCACCAGUAAAGCUGCCGUGCAAGACGUCCAGGCCAAGAACCUCAUCUGUAUACUUGACAUCGACAUGCAGGGUGUGAUAAACAUCAAAAAGACAGACCUCCGGCCCCUCUACAUCUCCAUCCAGCCGCCCUCCAUGGCAGUCCUGGAGAAACGUUUAAGAGACAGAAAAACUGAGUCGGAGGAGAGCCUCCAGAAGCGUUUGAAAGCAGCUAAGAAGGACAUGGAGUUAGGUAAAGAACCUGGAGUCUUUGAUGUCCUAAUUGUCAAUGAUAAUUUGGAGGAUGCCUAUGGGCAGUUAAAAUGUGCUCUUCUUGAGGAAAUAAAUAAGGUCAAGAAAGUCAACAUGUCUUCGUAGGGGACAGCCGCAUCCUGACACCUUUUAGUCCCGUCCAUCCACUCCUCACUCCUCAACCCCACAGACCUCCAUUCCAGUCGUGAACAUUCCCUCAGAUGGUGGUCUCUGAAACUCCAACAAACGUCCCUUAGUGGAUACACAAAUAUGUAGGUUUUAUAUGGUGUUUAGAGGUUAUUAUUUCGAUUUAUUAACACAUGUCUUUUUUUUUCCUGACCUGAAACGCUUUACAUAUUAUUGGUGUCCCUUAUAUGAAGAGAAGUUACUCCAAUAAUGCUUACUUGAUAUGUGGCUGGUAUGUUAUGCAGGGUGCUCUGCUGGACUGGGUUUACCAGGUUUUCCGGAUAUACUGCUUGCAGCCUGGACGAACACAAACGGGGUCACAUGACUCUAUCCACGAUCUUUAAACAGCAGUUUAUUCACAUGAUGUAAUCAGCUAGUUUCUAGAUAUCUUGAUAAGUGACAGAGAGUUAUGCUGCCCUUGUGCCACCAGUCAUAUCGUGUCGAUUUGAGAGAUUUACAGAGAUGGAUAGCUGCACACGUUUAGUUCAGAGGGAAACUUGUCUAAAACUUCAGCAUUACAACUGAUUCCGUUUGUGAAAAACAAAUAUGGUGGCCGUUUAUGUUCAAAGGGAUGCAUGAAAGUCUUUCCAGUGCUGGUAAAUGCUGUUCUUUGACAGAUUUUGUGUAAAUUGCCACAGAAAUCCAUUAUUGCAUAUGUUUGCUGGAUAACCAUGAAUACUGUGCUCUAGUGAGAUUAAAUCCUCUAAUACAUAGAAAAUGUGGCUUAAAACAAAGAAACAAUAGAUCAUAUAUUGUCACUUAGAAUAUAGCUUUUUUUUAAUUUUAGGUGGUAUAAGAACAAUUCUUUUUUUUUUUUUACAAUUGUAAAUUUGUAAUUGUAAUUUUUGUGUUGUGUAUCUAUCAUUUUGCAGCUUCACCGGUACAGAAAAGAUGUCAUUCAGUGGAUUGUUUUGAUUCCUAACUAAAGGAGGGGUUUUGCAAUUUGAAGGAAAAUGAAUGUCAUGUUUUUCUUUUAUAUAUUGCUCAGAAUUAAGCACGCAGAUCUUUAACUUGUUUGAAUAUCUAUGACCAAGGUAUACACAGGAAUCCUGAGGUUUAAUUUAAUAACUUUUUAAGACCCGUUUCAUUUAUUUUAAGACCUCAUUGCCACUUUGGAUUGUAACCGGUUACAUCAGGGACUAACUUUAACUUACUCUGCUAUACAUUGAUUAUAAGAUAGCACAACUAAACACUCAGCAAUACGCUCACAAUCUUGUUCUCUAUGAUACAAACUCUUCAACUCUGUUAUUUGGCUGUAAUUUAUAGAUUCUUUGUUAUUGUAUUUGUAUGUUAUGGUGCAAUUAAAGGAAUUUGAGGUCAAGCA